AUGACAAAGAGGUGUCUAGAUACAAAGAACGCACUACCCACUCCGCUUCAAAUUGCUCUCUGGAAUGGAGACCUGCAGCAGAUCCAGGAGUGUUUGAAGGAAAGCGGUCAGGAGGCACUCGAGACGCGAGAUGCUCGUGGCAACCGGGCUUUGCACUUGGCGUUGAAGUUUGCCCAUAAAAACGCUACAGCAAUUGUGAUGGCUCUACUGGACGCGGGGGCACGUGUACGUUCUCGAGAUACCGAAGGCUGGAAGGCCAUUCAUCACGCCGUGCUGACCGAGAACGAAGAGAUCAUACGAAUCCUUGCUCGUCGAGAGAAAGAGCAAGCACCUGCGCUGUUGCAGAAGAAGAUUGACGGCAUUUGUCCGCGCCUUGCUGACGUCCCAGAUUUUUAUAGCGAGAUGCUUGUCGAUGUCUCCACCUGGGUACCCGGUGUCUCUCGCUGGCUGCCAUCGGACACAGUAAAGAUCUGGAAGGCCGCUCAGGACAUUCGCUUUGACGUUACGCUAGUAGGUUUCGAAAACGGCAAGUGGGAUCGAGGAAACCUAUCGUUUUUGCUCUUGGGCUCUCAACGAAAGUUCAUUUGCUUGGACAACCAGGCCAAAACGUGUACCAAUCUGCUCGACCUUGACACGACGUUGACGAAGACGGAACUGGAUCAGAUGGUGCACUUCUUGAUGACCACGUCGAUUGUCACGACUGACCUCGAUGCGUCCAAGGUUGUGUUCGAAAGGAGGUGCGCGUGGUUCUCCUCCGAGCCUUUGCUGCAGGAUAUCGGAUGCUGGAAAGACACCCGCGUUGUUGACAUGAUCGGCGUCGAGGCGUCCCUGCGAUACCGCAAGCCCCAUAACCCAUCGCAUCCACCUCCUACGACUGCGAACGAGCAUCCUGCUGCUUCCGACGCCGUUUCGCUGUUGGCAGAAGCGGAGUCAAGUAUUGACCACUACACUGAGGUAGUGGUCGAUCCGAAUUCUAAGCACGUCGUCUCUGUCAAUCUGUCGAAGAACGACGAGCUGACGUGGAAAUUCACGACGGAAAAGCGCGAUAUCCACUUUGGCGUCCGUUUUCGUGGAACAGAGGAUGGCGAAAGGUGGGAACAAGUUGUGCCUCUGCACCGCGUUCAAGCUCAGGCAAACAAAGAGACCGGUUCAUUCCAGGCCCCUCAUGUAGGCACGGUUGUGUUGACGUGGGACAACUCACACUCGAUCAUCCGGUCGAAGCGACUGCGCUUUGCCAUUACAUCAGCACGGGAAAAGGGAGAGGGUCUCGCGGAGAGCGAGGGCUGGGAUGCGCGAAACAGAGCCAAAGAAGAAGAAGUAGCAUUCAAGGACUGGUUUGGGGUGUCAAUUGAGGACUUGCCUGACUCGCUUCGUGCUCUGCGCCCACAUCGCUGCGUCUUGGCGUAUACCCAGCCUCCUUGUCGCAAGAUUACCAAAUCGUUUCCCGCAACUGUUUACAUGAGCGACCAGUUUCCACUCAGCGUAUCGGAGUUUCUCCCUGUGAUCGAGGUGCUCUCGAGAACGACGAGCGCUUUUGAGAGUGUGCAAGCGUUUUUCUCGGCGGCGCUCGUCGACGGGUUCCCCGUUCAGUUUUGUUUUCCGCUGGUCCCGUCAGUGUCGGCGACAUUCCGCUUCGACCGCAUGGAGCUGCAAACUCCAGAUUCCCACAAGUUUGUCGUUCCCAACUGCUACACAAUGCGUGGCGAAGACAUACUCUCUCCGCGCACGCACCAGGUGGUGCUGCAGCGUAUGACGGCUACCUGA